AUGUCCUCACGAACCCCUUCCUCUCCGGGUCCAAGUCCAACCCCCCUCCCGACCCCAACCAAACAACACCCCAUAAUAAUAAUCGGCACCGGCCUCUCCGGCCUCGUCGCCGCCUUCGAGCUCUCGCGCGCCAACAUCCCCUGUCUCCUACUCGACCAAGAACCGCGCUCCUCACUGGGGGGCCAAGCCUUCUGGUCCCUCGGUGGUCUCUUCAUGGUCGAUUCGUCCUUCCAGCGACGGAUGGGCAUCCGCGACUCGCGCGCCCUCGCGCUUCGCGACUGGUUAUCCUCUGCACAGUUUGAUAAGUUAGAGAAAGAAGAUUACUGGCCCCGCCGGUGGGCGGAGGCGUUUGUGGAUUUUGCCACGGACGAGAUGGAAGAUUAUGUGAAGGCGAGGGGAUUGGGGUUCUUGGUGAAUGUCGGCUGGGCGGAACGCGGGGAUGGGAGGGGGGCGGGCGGGCAUGGGAAUAGCGUGCCGCGUUGGGGCACGGGGCCGGAGGUGGUGAGGGUUUUUAGGGAGCCUGUCGAAAAAAAGGAGAGGGAGGGGGUGGUGGAGAUGAGGUUUAGGCAUUGUGUUGAUGAGAUUGUGGUUGAUGAAGGCACGGGACGGGCGGUCGGGGUGAGGGGGAGGGUGUUGGAGGAUCAGGAAGGUGAUGGGGCGGUGCCGAGGGGGGUGAGCAGUUCGCGGGUGGCGACGGGGGAGUUUGAGAUUCGUGGUGCGGCGGUGAUUAUUGCUAGCGGAGGAAUCGGAGGGAAUCUGGAGAAGGUGAAGAAGAAUUGGCCGAUUGAUCGACUCGGUCCCAAAGUGCCGGCGACCAUGGUCAUGGGCGUGCCGGCGCAUGUGGACGGGCGGAUGAUUGACAUCGCCGAGGGCGUGGGAGCGAGCGUGAUCAACAAGGACAGAAUGUGGCACUACACCGAAGGAUUAAAGAACUGGGAUCCCAUCUGGCCCGGCCACGGCAUCCGAGUGUUGCCUGCCCCCUCGUCGCUCUGGCUAGACGCCACAGGCAAGAGACUGCCUCCCUUCCUAUUUCCCGGAUGCGACACGCUGGCGACGCUCAAGCACAUCUGCAGCACGGGCUACGACUACUCGUGGUUCAUCUGCAACCGCACCAUCGCGGCGCGGGAGUUUGCACUCUCGGGAUCAGAACAAAACCCGGACAUCACCAACAAGAGCAUCGUGCAGACGCUCCGGCAGCGCGUCUUCAGCUCCAACGGCACCGUUCCCGUGCAGAACUUCGUCAAGCACGGCGAGGACUUUGUUGUGAAGGACAACCUCGAGGACCUGGUGGCCGGCAUGAACGAGCUGAUGGAGAAGACGGGCGGUGGUGUCCGCCUCGACUACGCCGCUAUCAAGGAGGAAGUCGAGGCCCGAGACAGCCAGUUCGAUAACCCGUACUCCAAGGACGCGCAGGCGAUGCUCAUCAACAGCACGCGGAAUUACUGGCCGGAUCGGAGAAGCCGGGUGGCGCCGCCGCACAAGCUGUUGGAUAAGAAGCACGGUCCGCUGAUUGCGGUGCGGAUGAAUCUGCUUACGAGGAAGACGUUGGGCGGUAUUGAGACUAACCUGAGCAGCAAUGUCAUGAGGACGGAUGGCACUCCGUUCCCGGGUCUGUACGCGGUCGGAGAGGCGGCUGGUUUUGGAGGGGGUGGUGUCCAUGGGUAUAACUCUCUCGAGGGAACGUUUUUGGGCGGGUGUAUCUUCUCUGGCAGAGCAGCUGGUCGUGCCAUUGUGGAAGAGGUUCUUGGGACAACAACGGGUUUGCAAGCGAAGCUUUAA